AUGCAGCCUUUCUCUGGCUUGUUCUUUUUUCUUGGAAGCCUAGUUAUUCUUUUUAUCCUGUUACUUCUCAUACUCAUCCUAUGCAAGUUUUUCGAACCAGGAAAACUGACUUUGUUCGCAACUAAAGAUUAUUUUUUUUCAAAUGAUAAAGGGACAAGUCAUGAUGCCCUUAGUGUAUAUCUUCGUACAAUAAGCUACUUUAACUUCCAUACAUUGGAGAAGGCUACCAAGAAUUUUCACUCAAAUAACCUGCUUGGAUGUGGUGGAUUUGGUCCAGUUUUCCUGGGGAAGCUAGGAGAUGGACAAUUGAUUGCUGUCAAGAAGCUGUCUCUUGACAAAUCGCAGCAAGGCGACCGGGAGUUUCUUUCUGAGGUGCGGCUGAUAACAAGCAUACAGCACAAGAACCUGGUCCGCCUUCUUGGCUGUUGCACAGAUGGAGAUCAGAGGCUUCUUGUGUACGAAUACAUGAAGAAUAGGAGCUUGGAUCAAAUACUAUAUGGAAAGAGUAAUAUAUUCCUUGAUUGGAAAACUCGGUACCAGAUAAUUUUAGGGAUUGCACGGGGAUUACAAUAUCUUCACGAGGAUUCACACAUUAGGAUUGUCCACAGGGACAUCAAAGCCAGCAAUAUUCUGCUGGAUGACAAAUUUCAACCAAGAAUUGGAGAUUUUGGCCUAGCCAGGUUUUUCCCUGAAGAUCAAGCAUAUCUCAGCACUGCAUUUGCUGGAACCUUAGGUUACACAGCUCCUGAAUAUGCCAUUAGAGGAGAAUUAUCUGAAAAGGCUGAUAUAUACAGUUAUGGUGUUGUUGUGCUAGAAAUUAUCAAUUGUCGGAAGAAUACAGAUCUUUCUUUACCUUCAGAAAUGCAGUAUCUCCCCGACUAUGCAUGGAAGCUAUAUGAAAGAUCAAGAUUAAUUGAUCUAGUUGAUCCCAAGAUGUUGGAAGAUGGAAUUGUGGAAAAGGAUGUGAUGCAAACAAUACAUGUGGCUUUCUUAUGCCUUCAGCCGCAUGCAGAUUUAAGACCACCAAUGUCUCAGAUCGUUGCAAUGUUGGUACACAAGAUUGAAACACCAACUAGACCACCGCCUCCGCCUUUCUUAGAUCCAAAGCUAAGGAUAGGAAGGACGAUAACAGUGCAUGCUUGA